UAAUCCAAAUCCAUAAUUCAUAAUUGAACCUGAAGUAGUGUUUGACAAUUAAUCCAAGGCAAUUAUAAAUAUUAUAGCCAAAAGGGGAGCCAGCACAAGAAGCAAUAGAAAAGCACUUAUAACCUAAUAAGAUAUGAGUCUCCCCUUUUUCCUAAACUCAGAUAUGGAAAUGCUGCAACAAAGCCCUUCGGAAAUUCCCUUCGAAUCAUUAGGUAUUCAUGAUUGUCUUACCUUUGAUAUGGUUGAUUUCUCAUCGAGUUUGCAGACAAUAAUUAACGAAAACGAGCCAAAACAAUCAAUGUUGAAGUCAUCUGAAGCUAAACAAGUAAUGCAGAACAUUUAUAAGAUUGAUCAAAAGUCAUAUAUAGGUGUUAGGAAAAGACGUUGGGGAAAAUAUGCUGCAGAAAUCAGAGAUACAACAAGAGGAGGAAGAAGGGUUUGGCUAGGAACAUUUGAUAGUGCUGAAGAUGCUGCUUUAGCUUAUGAUCAAGCUGCAUUUUCAAUGAGAGGUAAUAAUGCUUUCCUCAAUUUUUCUUUCGAAAGCGUCAAAGAAUCUUUGCAAGAGAUUCAAUAUGAUUGCAGAAAAGGGUCUUCACCUGCACUUGCACUCAAAGAGAGACACUACAACCAAAGAAAAUUAAGGUCAUCGUCAAAAAGUAAAAAGGGUAAAGCAGGGAAAUUUCAAGAAUCAGCAGAGGGAUCAUCAAGUGUGUUGGUGUUAGAGGAUUUGGGAGUUGAAUAUCUUGAGCAACUUCUAAGUAUGUCAGAUAAUCAAAGUACAAGCUUAACCAACUUCUAA